AUGGGGGUCAAGGUGCUCCGCUCAAACUGCCACCAGGUCAGCGCCUACGUGGCUCAGAACAAGGCCCGGUGGUUUCUAAUGCAGCAGUCGAGGCGGAGGUGGAGAGCUCACAGCCGCCUGCUGUUGGGUCGGGGAGUGGAAUGCAGGUUCAGGGAUCCUGACAGCAAUCAACCUCUGAACAGCCUUGACAUCACCCCCCUGCGCAAACCUCGCACUCCCCUGGAAACCUUCAAAAAGGUUGGCAUCCCCAUCAUCGCAGCACUGCUGAGCCUGGCGACCAUCAUCAUCAUGGCUGUCCUCAUCAAGGUGAUUCUGGACAAAUACUACUUCCUCUGCGGGCAGCCUCUCCACGUCAUCCUGAGGAGGCAGGUGUGUGACGGCCAGCAGGACUGUGCCUCCGGGGAGGACGAGCAGCUCUGUGUCAAGACCUUCCCCGAUGGGUCCCCAGUGGCAGUCCGCCUCUCCAGGGACCGAUCCACCCUGCAGGUGCUGGAUCCGGCCACACAGAGCUGGGCCUCUGCCUGCUUCGACAACUUCACAGAAGCUCUGGCCAAGAUAGCCUGUGGGCAGAUGGGCUAUGACAGCAAACCCACCUUCAGAGCUGUGGAGAUCGGCCCAGACCAAGAUCUGGAUGUUGUUGGAAUCACAGAGAACGGCCAGGGGCUUCAGGUGCAAAACCUAAGUGGACCCUGUCUCUCGGGCUCCCUGGUCUCCCUGCACUGCCUUGCCUGUGGGGAGAGCCUGAAAGCCCCUCGGGUGGUGGGCGGGGAGACGGCCUCUGUGGAUUCUUGGCCUUGGCAGGUCAGCAUCCAGUACAACAAACAACACAUCUGUGGAGGGAGCAUUCUGGACGCCCACUGGAUCCUCACGGCAGCCCACUGUUUCAGGAAGUAUCAUGAUGUCUCCACCUGGAAGGUGAGGGCUGGCUCAGACAAACUGGGCAACUUCCCAUCCCUGCCUGUGGCCAGCAUCUUCAUCACUGAGCUCAACACCACGUACCCCAAAGAGAAGGACAUUGCCCUCGUGAAGCUGCAGUUCCCACUCACAUUCUCCGGCACGGUCAGGCCCAUCUGCCUGCCCUUUUUUGAUGAGGAGCUCACUCCAGCCACUCCGCUCUGGAUUAUUGGAUGGGGCUUUACAGAGCAGGAUGGAGGAAAGAUGUCCGACACACUGCUGCAGGCGUCAGUCCAGCUCAUUGACCACACUCGGUGCAAUGCGGAGGACGCCUACCAGGGGGAAGUUACUGAGCAGAUGCUGUGCGCAGGCAUCCUGGAGGGCGGCGUGGACACCUGCCAGGGUGACAGCGGUGGACCCCUGAUGUAUCACUCUGACCAGUGGCAAGUGGUGGGUAUCGUGAGCUGGGGCCAUGGCUGUGGGGGCCCCAGUACCCCAGGAGUAUACACCAAGGUCACAGCCUAUCUCAACUGGAUCUAUAGUGUCCGGAAGUUGGAGCCAUGA